CUUUCAUACUCACUUCCUCUCGCUAUCCCUGGUGUGAAAUUUCCUCGUAUUCCACCGUUUCUAGUUUUCUUGAACCUGCACUCUCUGCAUGGAUGCCCAUAAAUUCUCCUUGUUCUUCUUCAAUUAUGCUCUGUUUCUAGUUCUUACACUGUCUUUUAUAUAUAUAGAAGGCUGUUUAGCCUCUCGUUUCAACCUGUUUGAACCUGGUAUUCUGAUGCCUUCUGACGAAGUUGAACCAGGAGUUGAUGAUGAUCAACUUGGAACAAGAUGGGCGGUUCUCGUGGCUGGAUCAAUGGGUUAUGGAAAUUACAGGCAUCAGGCCGAUGUUUGCCAUGCAUAUCAGCUGCUAAGAAAAGGUGGCAUAAAAGAGGAGAACAUAAUAGUGUUUAUGUAUGAUGAUAUAGCUAAAAAUGAUUUGAAUCCUAGGCCUGGGGUUAUCAUCAACCAUCCACAUGGAGAAGAUGUUUAUGCUGGUGUGCCUAAGGAUUAUACAGGUGAACACGUUACUGCUAAGAAUCUGUAUGCAGUACUUCUUGGGGAUAAAAGUGCUGUCAAGGGUGGAAGUGGCAAGGUAGUAAAUAGCAAGGCAAAUGACAGAAUUUUCUUGUACUAUUCUGAUCAUGGAGGCCCUGGAGUUCUUGGGAUGCCAAAUCUGCCUUUUCUGUAUGCAAUGGAUUUCAUCGAGGUUUUGGAGAAGAAACAUGCAGCUGGGGGUUACAAAGAAAUGAUUAUAUAUGUAGAAGCUUGUGAAAGCGGGAGCAUUUUCGAAGGGAUUAUGCCCAAAGAUAUAAAUAUUUAUGUCACUACAGCAUCAAAUGCACAAGAGAGUAGCUGGGGAACUUACUGUCCAGGGAUGGAAGCUUCUCCACCUCAAGAAUUCAUCACUUGUUUGGGGGAUUUGUACAGUGUUGCUUGGAUGGAGGACAGCGAGUCGCACAAUCUGAAGAAAGAAACGUUGAAGCAACAGUAUAAGACGGUAAAGGCCAGAACUUCUAAUUAUAACACUUAUACUGCUGGAUCUCAUGUGAUGGAAUAUGGGAAUGCAAGCAUCAAAGCAGAGAAGGUCUAUUUAUAUCAAGGUUUUGACCCUGCAAGCCUGAACUUCCCUCCAAACAAUGGCCAUAUGAGUACACCUAUGGAUGUUGUUAAUCAGAGAGAUGCAGAGCUUCUCUUCAUGUGGGAAAUGUAUAAAAGGUCAGAAGAUGGAUCAGAAAAGAAAAGACAAAUCCUCCAGCAGAUUGCAGAGACACUUAGGCAUAGAAGGCACUUGGAUAGUAGCGUAGAAUUGAUUGGAACACUAUUGUUUGGACCCAAAAAGAGUUCUUCCAUGCUUCAAUCUAUCAGAAAGCCUGGUGUGCCCCUGGUAGAUGACUGGAAUUGCUUAAAAUCAAUGGUUCGCUUCUUCGAAACACACUGCGGAUCAUUGACCCAAUAUGGAAUGAAACACAUGCGUGCAUUUGCCAAUGUUUGCAACAGUGGGGUUUCUCAAGCCUCCAUGGAAGAAGCUUCAAUUGCUGCGUGCAGUGGCCAUGAUGCUGGACAGUGGCAUCCUUCAAAUCAAGGUUAUAGUGCUUAAAAUUUAGGCAGAAAAUGUGCAAGUAACAUUAUUAGCCAUUGUAUAGUACACAGUUACAAAAGAAAAGCCACAAUUCACAUUCUCAGUUUUCUUGCCAUGCAGCUUCUGUCAUAGAACUAAUAUAAUAAAGCUACAGUUAUAGAUUCCUGUGUGGUUUUGUUCACACAAUGAUCUAAUGCUCAGUUACAAUGAAUUGUCGAUUUGUAUUGGGCCCAUCUGGAUGAUAAUUCUAUUGUACAGUUCAAUA